AUGGCGUCUGGUGCGACUGCUGCUGGCGUCCUCCCCGGCCAGUCGUUUCCCCACCACACCAAGGACCUGUUGUUCCACUACAGCUGCGACAUCAACGUGCAGUUCCGCAUCAAAGUCGACCGCCUCUACUUCUCCCACCGAAGGCACCACAUGGCUGCGCAACACGGCCACCAGCAGCAGCAGCAACACGCCUACGGCUUUCGUGUUGCGGCUCAGCUCUACUGCGACAAGAAGCCCUUCGGCCCGCCCGUCAUCACGUCGACGUCGAUUCUCAACGCCUCCAUGUCGGGCGGCCAUCUGACGACCGGCGAGUAUGGGCACUUCGUGAGCUUCCCUCUCAAGGUCAGGGAUCUCCCUUUCGACAGCUCCGUGGCCUUCACCGUCUACCGCCUGGACAACCAGCAGCCACUGGGAAGGGCCGUACUGCCGCUCUUCUCGGACAAGGGCGUGUUGCGCCAGAGCAGACAGCUCGUCUACCUUGAGCCCAUCGGUGUGGCAACAGCCAUCAAUGGGACUGUACCGAUACCGGCAUUGGUCGACCCGCAGCGGCACUCGACUGAGCUGGCGUGUCAGGCCGACACGACGGGGGAGCUGGCGGCCGUGCUGCGGUUCGACAAGCUGCUGGAUUUCUAUUUCCGUGGGCACAUUCCGGCCGUGCACCCGUGGGUCGACCAGCUGGGCAAGAAGCUGCUGCUCGACCACGUGGAGGCCUUCCACCGGUCGACCAACCUGGACUUCCUCUGCGUGUACCUCCCCAACUUCGCCACUGUGGUGCUCUUCAGCGAGGUGCGCUACGGCAGCUCACACAAGUCGGCACUCAGCCCGUCGGUGGACGGGGCGGCCUGCGGCGCCAAUCAGGAGGAAUUCUCACAGGGCACCGCACACCCACUCUUUCCGCCAGAUAUCCUCUCAUCCCACCCGCACCCCCACCACCGCCAACCCCCCCAAGCCGCCGGCGGAAUGCCGGCAUCCCCCCCAUCAGCCGCCCUCCCCUCCCCCCUGCGCAACCCCAAGCCCCCUAUCGCCCCCUCUCCCCCACUCACACGCACCUCCACCCCCAACGACCACGACAAGGCGUCGUCUGGCGCGACCAACGAGCCGGCCACCCCCGGGCUGCCGCCACUGCCCCCGCCGCAGAGGAGUCUGCCGAGCACGUCGGAGAGAGAGGAGGGCGCUGGGAAUGCCGGUGUGUCGGUGGGUGGCGGGCCCGACUGGUUCCUCAGGAGCUGGACAUUCGUCAAUGGCGCCAAGGUACGUACAUCCGUGUGCACCUUUGUGGAGGAGAGACAGAAACACACGUGUGUGUGUGUGGUUGGUUUGUGUCUGUGUGUAGGGUGAGGCGUUUCCGACGGGUCAGCCAGCUGAGAGCGAGGAGCGUCAGAAGGUGGUUGGCGGGACGGCCGUCAAGGACCAGCACGUGCGGUCCUCGGCCGACACACCGCCCAUGCAGCCGCUCCCUCCGCCCACCGAUCCAACCAAAGGUAAGAACCACACACUCCAUCUGCUCUGCCCACACGCAGCUGUGCCCUCAUGGAUUGAUGCGUGUGUGUGCGUUGACAUUACAGGCAAGUCGGCCAAGGCGUCCCAGCCGUCUGGCGCGCCCGUCAGCUCUCGCGACCGGUCGCGGCAGCCUCGUGCCAUCGUGUCGCGCGCAGGUACACACCCGUCACACACGCGAGCGCGCAUCUACACCAUGUCUCUGUGUGGGUGUUUAUGUGUGUGUGUAUGUGUGUGUGUAUGCUGUGUCAGCUGAGCGUCGUCUGGGUGGCGCGACGCCCGUGGUGUACUUCGUCGACUACGACGCCCAUCGAGAGGCGCCGGCCAGCCUCAAGUACCACAAACUCGCCAGAGGGCCCUGGGUCUCCGGACAGCUGGGUACCGUUCCCCUUCUCCCUCCCCCCCUCUCUCUCCUUCUCCAUUGAUGCAUCCCUUCUCUGUGUCUUGUCUUGCCUUGCUGCCUGUAGGCGGCAAGGACGCCCGGCCGAGUGCGUCUGAGAUGCGCAAGCUGCAGGAGCUGAUCCAGUCGCCGCGGCGGCGGUUCACGGCCGAGGAGAAGUCGCUCCUCUGGCAGUACAGGUGGACCCUCGUCGGGCAGAAACACGCGCUCACCAAGUUCCUCCACGCCGUAGACUGGGCCGACCCCAACGAACGGGGACACGCGCUGCAGGUCAGUCUGUCUGUCGAUCUGCUCGUCUCGUCGCCUGCUGAUCGGGACUCAUUGUGUCGUUGUGUUGUGUAGAUGUUGGAGAAGUGGGAGCGUCCGGCGCUGGAUGACGCUCUGGAGCUGCUCUCGCGCGAGUUCGCUAUGCCCGCGUUGCGGCAGUACGCCAUCGGCACGCUCGAGAAGGCAUCGGAGAGCGAGCUGCGGCUGUACCUGCUGCAGCUGGUGCAGGUAGGUGAGCCGAGCCAGGUGUUGUGGGUGCCUGGGGUGUUUGUUGUCUGGGUGACGAGUGGAUGGAUGUGCCUAUCGACUGACAGGCGAUUCGCUAUGAGGACCAAAACGCUGAGGCGCCCCCGCUGACGACCUUUCUGAUCAGCCGGGCGGUCAGGAGCAAAACCCUGUCGACGUACCUUCACUGGUCAGCCACCCAACACACACACACACACAGGGAGGGAGGGAGGGAGGGAGGGAGAGGCCCGAUUGUGUGGAUGUGUGUGUGUGUGUGUGUAGGUAUCUGUUGUGCGAGGUGGAUGACCCCGAGAACGGCCAUCUGUUUCUGCGAGCCUACCUGCGCUUCAUGGAUGCCCUCCUCAAGAUGAGCCCACACGAGCAGACCAUUCUCACAAUGCUCAGAAGGCAAAGCGAACUCAGGUGCGGCCGCACACACACACAGACAGCCACACACACACAGACCCAUCUCUCUCUCUGUGUAUGGUGUGUCUGUCGGUGACAGGUACAAGCUCCUGUGGGCGACUCGUGUGGCUCGGCAGAACCGGCGGAUAGAGAAGAAGAUCGAGAAGCUCCGGGCGGCGCUGGUGGCGACAUCGCCCGUGAUGAUCCCCGACGCCGACAAGGCCAUCCUGCGGGCCAUGAGCCCCUCAGAGAACGGACUCGACCUCUCCCAGCCGCCGGCGAGCAUUCCGCUGCCUGUGGACCCUGACGUUGAGCUGCUGUGGGUCAUCCCUGAGGAGUCCUACGUGGUGCGUGGGGCUGGCUGUGUGACGGACGGCACAGAGGGGGGCGUCUGAUAUGAUGUCCGUGUGUGUCUAUGUGCCGAUUCUCAGGUGCGUUCGUCGAUGUACCCGGUGGUGCUGUCAUGCACAGUCAUCCACCAGGAGCCCGCCUGCAGUGACAUCACCAACCAGCAGCAGCAGCAGCAGCAGGGUGGUGGUGGUGGGGCCAGUGCCACCGAGAGCCACCAGCACACGGCUGGAGCUGGAGGUCGUCACUUUGGUGUGGUGUACGGCCGUGAGGUCAAGAAGAGGUACAUGUUCAAGUACGGCGACGACCUGCGGCAGGACCAGCUGGUGGUGCAGAUGAUCAUCCUCAUGGACAGCCUACUCAAGAAAUAUGGACUCGACCUCAAGCUCACACCAUACAAGGCACUAACGUCUUAGGCUGCAGGCCACUUACUUCUGGAUGGAGGGAGGGAUGAGUGGAUGUGUGUGUUGUGUGCAGGUGAUAGCCACGUCGCCGAGCGACGGGAUGAUCGAAUUUGUCAGCGGCGCGUCCGCCUUGUCGGCCAUUCUGAGCGACUACAACAACGACAUCCGGCAGUUCUUCACGCGCCACCACCCGGACCCCUCAUCGCCCACAGGCUUCAAACCACAAGUGCUCGACAACUUCAUCCGCUCGUGCGCUGGUGGGUGGGCACACACACACACACGAACACACACACGCACAUCUAUGUGUGUGUGUGAUUAGGUUAUUGUGUGUUGACGUAUCUGUUGGGCGUGGGGGACCGCCACCUGGAGAACAUUCUGCUGGACCAGGAGGGCCACCUCUUCCACAUCGACUUCGGCUUCAUCCUCGGCAGGGACCCCAAGCUCUUCCCGCCACCUAUGAAGCUCUGCAGGGAGAUGGUGGAGGCCAUGGGCGGCACCACAUCGCCUGGUACCUCAUACACACACACACACACAUAGACAGACAGACAGACAGGCAAGACAUGUGUCUCUCUCUGUGUCUGUCCAUUGUGUGUGUGAGUAGGGUACCGCGAUUUCCGGGCCAAGUGCUGUCAGGCGUACAAGCUGCUGCGUCGUGACGCCAAGCUGAUCCUCAACCUGCUGUCACUCAUGAGCGACUCGGGCAUCAAAGACUUCACACACAAACCGGAGCUGUCCAUCCUCAAAGUGCAGGUCGGUAGGCAACACACCACAGUGGGUAGGGUGUGGCCGUCCAUUCGUGUGUGUGUCCCUGGUGUGUGUGUGUGGUGCCUGCAGGAGAAGUUUCGUUUGGAUCUCAAUGACGAGUCGGCCGAGAGCUACUUCCUGACGCUCAUCAACGAGAGCGUGUCGGCCCUCUCGCCCGUGGUCAUGGAGAAGCUCCACAAAUGGGCCCUCUACUGGAAAUAGUGAAGUGACUUCAGGGGACCAUCGGCACACAAUCCAACCCCCCGCCGGCAUCUCUGGCCACACAUACUCAGUUACAUAGCGCUCAUUCAUUCGUUCAUCUGAGAUGACUGCCGUCCGCCUGUCUGUCUGUGAAGCGUUUGUCUCGUCAUGUCAUGUGGGUCGCACGUGUGUGUACGCUAGAGGGAUGGAUGGGGGGACGAAUGGAUGCAUUUGUGUGUGGGCAGGCAGACAGGUGUGACUCACUGGUGGAUGGGGUGCAUGGGACACUGACUGACAUUGACAUCCGUCGUGUUUGUGUGUCUGUGAUGAACGUUUCU